AUGCUCAUCCCCAGUGGUGCCGCCACGGCUGUUUGUGCUGCCGUUGCCCUGACCGCCACCUCCCUUGCCCCCACCUCCCCCUUUGCCGUUGUUUUGUGCCUGCUUGCGGGGCUGGGUAGCGUUGAGGGAGGAGGAGGAGGGUUGGGAGGAGGCGAGGUUGACAAUGGGGGUGCGAAGUUUGACUUCGGUGUCUAUGAUCCACUGCUCAACGGAGGCGAGAUCGGCCAUGGGAUUGGCUUCGUCUGCAUCAGCGGUGGCUUGGUCGUCGGUGAGUUGGAGGUCGGGUUCACGAGGAGGAUCGCCAGGAGGGGGAGGGAGAGGAGGGGUCUCGCCGGGGUGGUCAGGAGCGGUGGGGGGGAGAGCAUGGGGACGGCAGAGGAUGACGUCAAGGACGCGGUAGGGGGGGACCCAUGCAUCGGAGAGAACUCGACGAAUGCUGCCGAUGAAGGAGUGCCAGUUGACGGCGGAUUUGUCCGCGGCGAGCUGCAGCUUAUCGAUAGAGGAGGAGAGGCGGCGACGAGUCCGCGUAGGGGAAGGGCGCGGGCCGCAGCGGCUAUUGAGGCCGCGGGGCGCUGGCGCGGAGGCGGCGUCGAGGCCGCGGAGGGGGAGGGCGCUGGCAGCGACGGCUGGCGAGGCCGCGGCGGCGCUGGCGCGGAGGCGGCGUCGAGGCCACGGAGUGGCGCGGGCGGCAGCUGGCGAGGGCGCGGCGAGGCGCGGAGGCGGCGUCGCGGCCGCGGAGGGGAAGGGCGCGGGCGGCGGCAGCUGGCGAGGCCACGGUGGCGCUGGCGCGGAGGCGGCGGCGAGGCCGCAGAGUGGCGCGGGCGGCGGCUUGCGAGGCCGCGGCAAGGCGCGGAGGCGGUGUCGAGGCCGGGGAGGGGAAGGGCGCGGGCGGCGGCGGCUGGCGAGGCCGCGGCGGCGCUGGCGCGGAGGCGGUGGCGAGGCCGCGGAGUGGCGCGGGCGGCGGCUGGCGAGGCCGCGGCGAGGCGCGGAGGCGGCGUCGCGGCCGCGGAGGGGAAGGGUGCGGACAGUGGCGGCUGGCAAGGCCGCGGCGGCGCUGGCGCGGAGGCGGCGGCGAGGCUGCGGAGUGGCGCGAGCGGCGGCUGGCGAGGCCGCGGCGAGGCGCGGAGGCGGCGUCGAGGCCGCGGAGGGGAAGGGCGCGGGCGGCGGCAGCAGGCGAGGCCGCGGCGGCGUUGGCGCGGAGGUGGCGGCGAGGCCGCGGAGUGGCGCGGGCGGCGGCUGGCGAGGCCGCGGCGAGGCGCGGAGGCGGCGUCGAGGCCGCGGAGGGGAAGGGCGCGGGCGGCGGCGGCUGGCGAGGCCGCGGUGGCGCUGGCGCGGAGGCGGUGGCGAGGCGGCGGAGUGGCGCGGGCGGCGGCUGGUGAGGCCGCGGUGAGGCGCGGAGGCGGCGUCGAGGCCGCGGAGGGGAAGGGCGCGGGCGGCGGCGGCUGGCGAGGCUGCGGCGGCGCUGGCGCGGAGGCGGCGUCGAGGCCGCGGAGUGGCGCGGGCGGCGGCUGGUGA